GGGAACAACUGCACUCUUAUCAUUCUUACAAAACAGUUUGGAGAGAAAAGUGACUCAACCCACAAUCUUAACCCAGCAAAGAAAAUGGCUGAUGAGCAAGAAUGUUUGAGAGACCUUGAGGGUGAAAUCGGGGAACAGGAAGGUGCCGAAGGAGAGACCCAAAGGCUGACAGCUCAAUGGAGUGUGGAGGAUGAGGAGGAAGCUGCAAGGGAGCGACGUCGAAGGGAACGUGAGAGACAACUGAGAUCCCAGGCAGAGGAAGGCCUCAACAGCACCUCUGAAGUGGCAGUACAAGAAAGCAGAAUUGAUGGGAAGCCUCCUGGAACCUUAGAACUGGAAGAAGAUGAGGGCUUUAGUGACUGGUCCCAGAAACUUGAACAGCUCAAGCAGCGAUCGGGAGGAGAGGGAGUGCAAGAAAGAGACCAAAUUCUCCAAGGGGAAUGCAGAGAAACCCAAGAAUCAGACCCUAUACAGUGUGAAGAAAGUCCUAGGUCACCAAGGUGCUCCUACGAGGAAGAAGACGGCAAUCUGAAGGAAGCAGAAGUAAUGCUGGAUCAGGUCAAUCUGGAUCAGGAGACUCCCACCUUCAUCCGAUUUGAAACCGGACCAUCCAAUUUCCUCAAGUUUGUUUCUACUUCAACUUCAGAAGAUCAGCCUGAAGCAGAGCUGGAGCAGCAGCAACAGCUUAGGGAAACCUUGGAGUUUGGAGAAGAGAACCAGCAUGCUGAGGACAUGCUCCAAGAGUAUGUUACAGAAGAGGACAAGCCUGAGGAAGAGGAAGAAAAACAAGAGGACAACAAAAGGCAAUAUGAGCAAGAAGUCCGAGAAAAACGACAGAGGACCCCAAGUACUUCCAGUCAGGAAGACGAGUGUCAAACUCCUUUAAGCCCAACAUUAAAGAUCACUGACAGAACUGAAUCUUUCAACCGAUCUGUGCAGAAAAGUAACAGUAUGAAGAAGACCCAAGCACCACUUCCAGUUUCCAAGAUUGAUGAUAAACUUGAGCAAUACACUCAAGCCAUUGAGUUCUCCAGCAAAACUCCAAAGCCAGCGCGCCAAGCUUCUAUUGAUCUUCCUACCAAUAGUGCUGCAGUGGCCAGCACAAAAAGCCUCUGGGAGACUGGGGAAGUCACCCAGUCUACAAAAUCACUGCCCUGUAAGGACAUUGUGGCUGGAGACAUUGUGAACAUAAGAAGCCUUUGGGAGCAAAAGGAGAGCCCCCAAACAGAUGCAAAUGCUAAGGUCAAGAUUCCUGGCAAGAAAUAUAAGUAUGUGGCAGUUGGACAUGGACAGUACAAAAGGGUGCCAAUAGAAGAUGAUGGCGUGACGGAAAAAUAGCUGUGCUGGUACCAAACUCACAGGUAAAGCCCAGCUUGGAAACCUGAGGCAAUACUUCAUGCAACGCUGAUGUUUCCCUGGCUAUAAGGGAACUAUAGUGAAAGGAUUUCUUCCCUCCUAGCUCAAACUGGCAAUCUGCUUUAAAACCAGCUAUUGAUUUCUUCACAGAUGGAAGCAUUUCUCCAAGCUGACUUCAUUUGAACUUGGACUUGGCAUCAACUCAAGAAGCAAUAAUGAAUUUGAAACCCUUUCUAGAUCAGAUCUUUAUUCUGAGAAAUUUAACUUGUACGCUGUAUUGAGCUCUUCUCAAUUUUUUUUUAACUGAAUUCCUAGCCUUGACCUGGAGAAAAAGGUGAAAUCCCCCCUUUUUCUUUUUAAACCUUUGGUAAGGAGGGAGGAAUCUUCAGCCUCAAGCUAGCUAGAAUAGAUUUCUGAGAUCCAAGAAUGAAAACAAAAGUAAAUAUAGAAAUAACAUUGAGGGUUAAGCAGUAUAGCUGAUGCUAAUGAUUCUUGUACUGUUCAAGCAUAUCAAAUGGCAAGAGAUACCAGAAUGUCUAUUAUUGACCAUAAGAUGUUGUUUUGCAGGUGGAAAUGUAAUUUCUUAAUACCAUUCUUAAUACCACAGAAUAUAGCAGAAUUUUAAACUGAGGACUGUUUUGGUGCCACUAUUUAAAUACUGCCCUUAGUAUUCUUUUUGAAUGAAGAUUUCUCUAAGAUGGCUUUUGUGGUGAGACUUUGUUUCAGUUAUGGUUAUCUGACUUAAAUGCACUUCAGGAAAUACCUUCUCCCAAAGUGCCUAUCCUAACCACAAAGUAAAAACCAUCUUGGCUUGCUUUGCUUAUUUUUUUCUUCAGAUGAUUGAUUCAUGUGAACAAACUAGAGCCUUUAUUC